GGAAAAUUUCGAGCUUUCUUUUGGCUCAUAAUCUCAUCGAACAACGCGCCAGUUGAAGUCUCUUCCUCUUCCCUCCAAACCCCUAAUUUGCUUGUCAUGAAAUCGAUUGAGCCACCAUCGUUUUCUCUAGGGUUUGAAAUCGAUGCUGUAUCGGAUCCCAAUCCCGGUUUAAUCGGAGACGACGAGCCAGACCCGGGACUUACGGUCUCAGAUUCCGAUCUGGAGCUGGAAGCAAGUUGUUCAAGUCCGGUUCUCAAGCGGUUGCGACGAGGAGUUAGUAAUUUCAACAAGUGUCCUGCGAAAGAUGAUAUUAAUGAGUUGUUAGGUUUUAAGGAAGAUCGUGAUGAUGACGACGACAUCGAGGAGUUCUCUUCUCCCGAAGCUCCACCUGCAUCAACUAGAAGUCAGUUUUCUAGCUGCAGUUCAAAGGUUUCACUUCAUGGUUCUGGGGCUUUCACUAGCCAGCCUUCUUCUAUAUCUCGGAGUCGGGAAAAAGGAAAGCCGUUGGAUCGUGUUCCAGCAUCUACUAGCUCUGGGAUUACUUCUGUUGCACCAUUGUUUCAAGGCUCAGCUCGUAGUCCUCUUCGAAGGUUCCAACUACUAGAUUCAGAUUCUGAAGAUGACCACCCAUCCACUCGAAGCAGAGACUUAAGCGGAGCAACCAAAACAAAUAAUUCAUCCUCGAGAGAGGAAACUGGAUCUACGCCGUGUCCUGGUGAUCUGCUGAAACAUUUUCCGCCGGUGGCAGCUUCCAAGAUUCAAACACCAGCUCAACGAAGGUUCCAGCUGCUAGAUUCAGAUUCUGAAGAUGACCACCCGUCAUCCAGCAGAGAUUUAAGCAGAGUAACCAAAACAAAUGAUUCAUCCUCAAAGAGAAAGGAAUCUGGAUCUAUGCCAUGUACUGGAGAUCUGUUGAAAGAUUUCCCCCCGGUGGCAGUUUCCAAGACUCAAACACCAACGUUCCAGUUACUAGAUUCAGAUUCUGAAGAUGAACACGCAUCCAGCAGCAAAAGAGAUUUAAGCCGAGUAACUAAAACAAAUGGUUCAUCUUCAAAGAGUAAGGAAUCUGGAUCUAUGCCAUGUACUGGAGAUCUUUGGAAAGAGUUUUCCCCGGCAGUUUCCAAGACUCAGACACCAGCUCUACGAGAGUACCAGCUACUAGAUUCAGAUUCUGAAGAUGACCACCCAUUCACCAGCAAAAGAAGCCGAGUAACUAAAACAAAUAAGUCAUCCUUAAAGGAUCAACCAUCUGUUGCAAGUAAACCAAAAAGAAAGAAAUCUGAAGAUCUGUGGAAAGAUUUUCCCCCGGCGGCUGUUUGCAAGAUACAAACUCCAGCUUUGGAUGAUAUUUGUCAGGACUACUUUAGCUCGAUUAAGAGGAGUACAAGCAGCACAGCUCAGAAACAAAGCAGUGCUGUUGCAAGUUGUAGCAAUAGUGGAUUGUUUCAGCAAACUAGGGAAUUCUUGGAUUUUCCUCACCCAUCUCCUCCAUCUCAUCGUUUCUUCUUGCACAGUGAUCCAAGGAUCCAGAAUUUAGUCCGGAAGCGGUUACCAAACUUCUUGCCUUUGGGAAUUGUCAAUGAUAGAGAGAACCGGCCAGUGGAGUGCCUUAUUGAUUAUAUGAACCAAUUUGGCAGCAGUGAGACUUCUAAAACCGUAGACUCUAGCAGCAGAAGAAGGCAAGCAAAGUCAAAGGUCUCAAAAGGCCAAAAUAGCUCCAACGCGAGAUCUGCAGCUCCAAAAGACGCAGGCAAAAGACGUGUAUCGGCUAACAGUGGUUCUGCAGGUCAUUGGUUCACAUCCUCAGAAGGAAGGAAGGUUUAUAUCUCUAAAACCGGACAGGAGUUCUCAGGUCAAAGUGCAUAUAGAUGUUACAGAAAGGAGACAGGAGGUGGGUUUAAGAAAUCGAGAAAGAAACGACAGCCAAAGAAGAAGUCGAAGAAUUGAAUAGCAAGCUAUUAUUUUGCCUUCUAUGGACUCAGAUAUUUCACAAAGGACUCCAGAUUACAUCUGAGACGGUCGUGUUUUUGUGUUAUAACAGCUCGAGCAUCUCUACACUUCAAAAGGGUUAAUGCAUGAAACUUUUUGUCCAAUAUUUUGUAAUCUUUUUGAUUAUGUUUUUUUCUUUUUGUGUGAAUAACUUGGAUUAAUGAUCGUGUUUGGUACAUUCCAUGUAAGCAUUUAGAUUUACCAAUUCAAUAAAUCGUC